UCGCUGCCGUCGUUCGUUUUGGCUUGUUGCGAUCUGCCCUUGAUCAGUUUUGGUCACGCGAUUCUCUCCAUCACCGUCUCUCUCUCUGGUUUUAACCUCAUUUUGUGCAGACGGAGAAUUGUUCAGUCUCUCUGGAGUGCGAUCAUAUGAAAUCUCGAGCGAGUCGUGGUCUGCUGAUCUGUUUGCUUCUUGUUACCUUCUCGAACCUCUCCUAUGGAGAAAAUUCUGGGAAGAACAAGUUCAGAGAGCGUCGAGCGACCGACGACGAACUGGGUUACCCUGAAAUAGAUGAAGAUGCUUUGCUGAAUACUCAGUGCCCGAGAAAUCUGGAGCUGCGAUGGCAAACAGAAGUCACUUCUAGCAUUUAUGCUACACCCUUAAUUGCUGAUAUCAACAGUGAUGGAAAACUGGACAUUGUUGUUCCAUCUUUUGUUCACUACCUCGAAGUUCUCGAAGGGGCAGAUGGAGACAAGAUGCCAGGUUGGCCUGCUUUUCAUCAAUCUAAUGUGCAUGCCAGCCCUCUCCUGUAUGAUAUUGACAAAGAUGGUGUCAGGGAAAUUGUUUUGGCUACCUACAAUGGCGAAGUACUCUUUUUCAGGGUAUCGGGUUUUUUGAUGUCAGAUAAGCUUGAAGUGCCUCGCAGAAAAGUUCACAAGAACUGGUAUGUGGGUCUUGAUCCCGACCCUGUUGACCGGUCACAUCCUGAUGUCCAUGAUGAGCAGCUUGUACUGGAGGCUGCUGCAAUGAAGUCAUCAGCCACUCAAACAAAUGAAACUACAAAAAAGCCAGAUGCAAUAGUUCAUUCGUCAACUGAACCUCAUGAUGGAUCAUCAAAUGCAUCAUCUCAAGAGGAUCAGAAGAAACCCGAGAAUAACCAAACAGAAACUGUUACUCAGUCUACUGCAGAGGUUCUUAAUUCCUCCACGAAUACUGGAACAAAUACUCUGGCAUCAAAUGAUACUGCAACCUUGUCGGCAGAAAUGCACAAUGGAAAUGGAAGUGCAGCAACCACGGGAACUAAUACUCCGGCAUCAAAUGAUACUACGUCUGUCUCGGAAAUGCACAAUGGUCUUGCAAAUGCAACAACUAAUCAGGAAGAUCAUGGUAAGGGCAGCGAGGACAAAAAGGAAAGUGUUAUUAGAUUAAAUACUGGAACAGAUAAUUCCUCAGAGAACAUAGGGACAUCAGGAAACAGUACAACAGAGACUGGAACCAAGACUGGGAGGCGACUUCUGGAAGAUAAUGGCUCUCAAGAAUCUAAGGAUGACCACUCUGACAACAAAGACAACAACGAGAGUAUUCGCAUGGCCACAGUUGAAAAUGAUGGAGGGUUAGAAGCUGAUGCGGAUUCGUCGUUUGAGUUGUUGCGUGACAAUGAUGAGUUAGGUGAUGAAUACAGCUAUGACUAUGAUGAUUAUGUUGAUGAAUCCAUGUGGGGAGAUGAGGAAUGGGUUGAGGGGAAGCACGAGAAAUUAGAAGAUUACGUGAAUAUUGAUGCCCACAUCUUGUGCACUCCUGUUAUAGCGGAUAUUGAUAAAGAUGGAGUACAGGAGAUGGUUGUUGCUGUUUCCUAUUUCUUCGAUCCUGAGUAUUAUGACAAUCCAGAUCAUUUAAAAGAACUUGGUGGUAUUGAUAUCACAAAGUAUAUUGCCAGCUCGAUUGUUGUUUUCAAUCUUGAUACUAAGCAAGUUAAGUGGGUCAAAGAUCUCGAUUUGACUACGGAUUCGUCGAACUUCCGUGCAUAUAUUUAUUCUUCCCCAACGGUUGUUGAUUUGGAUGGUGACGGUUACUUGGAUAUUCUUGUUGGAACUUCAUUUGGCUUGUUCUACGUCAUGGAUCAUCAUGGAAAUGUCAGAGAAAAAUUCCCCCUUGAAAUGGCAGAAAUUCAAGGGGCAGUUGUUGCUGCUGAUAUAAAUGAUGAUGGAAAGCUGGAACUAGUGACCACCGAUUCACAUGGAAAUGUAGCUGCAUGGACCACACGGGGAGAAGAAAUUUGGGAAGCACAUGUAAAGAGUCUUGUUCCUCAGGGACCCUCUAUCGGUGAUGUUGAUGGUGAUGGCCACACAGAUGUCGUAGUUCCUACAGCAUCAGGAAACAUAUAUGUUCUUAGUGGCAAGGAUGGUUCUGUUGUCCGCCCCUAUCCGUACAGAACUCACGGAAGAGUGAUGAACCAAGUUCUCCUGGUUGAUCUUAGCAAGCGUGGUGAGAAAAAGAAGGGACUCACGAUUGUUACAACAUCCUUUGAUGGUUAUUUGUAUCUCAUAGAUGGACCCACCUCAUGUGCUGAUGUUGUUGAUAUCGGUGAAACUUCUUAUAGCAUGGUCUUGGCUGACAAUGUCGAUGGCGGAGACGAUCUUGAUCUUAUUGUCACAACAAUGAAUGGAAAUGUCUUUUGCUUCUCUACCCCUUCUCCUCACCAUCCCCUCAAGGCAUGGCGAUCAACUGAUCAGGGAAGGAAUAAUAAGGCAAACCGUUAUGAGAGGGAAGGCGUUUUUGUCACACAUUCAACAAGAGGAUUCCGGGAUGAAGAAGGCAAAAACUUCUGGGUGGAGAUUGAGAUCGUUGAUAAGUACAGAUAUCCAUCUGGUUCACAAGCCCCCUAUAACAUAACUACAACACUGUUGGUUCCUGGAAACUAUCAGGGAGAGCGGAAGAUAAAGCAGAGCCAAGUCUAUGAACGACCUGGAAAGUACAGAAUAAAGCUGCCGACGGUUGGAGUGAGGACAACAGGAACGGUGGUGGUGGAAAUGGUGGACAAGAAUGGGUUCUACUUCUCAGACGAGUUCUCUCUUACAUUCCACAUGCACUAUUACAAGCUUCUGAAAUGGCUGCUUGUCCUCCCAAUGCUCGGCAUGUUUGGUCUUCUUGUCCUCUUACGUCCCCAGGAAUCGAUGCCUCUCCCUUCCUUCUCCCGCAACACAGACUAACGAUUUCCGGUUCUUCUUCCUCUAGCCAAGCCAGCUCCUCGUCUGGGAUCAUGUGGGGUGUUGUGUCGUUAUUCUUCUUUCGGGUCUUAGGGAGCAGAUUUAGCUGAAAUCACGGACCGUACUCCUCCUCAAGUGCUGACAAAACCCGGUAUAUUAUACAAAUGCAUUCUCGUAAGAGCUUUAUCCAAAAGAGAACCAUGCUCCAUGACCAGUUUUUUGCCAUCAACUCAAGAUUCUUGGGUUUUUCUUCUCUCUGUGGAUCUAAUGAUGCUAUGAACACUUUCAGUUUUAGAUUCGGUGAAUGACUUUGUACUUUGUAGUACUAAGAUCCCUUUUCCCUCUUUGACCGUCCUCUUGAAUUUUAUGCAAAGCUUAUAAUA